AUGUUGGAGGGCGUUGUCGCCAACCUGCUCAAUCGCUUCCUGGGCAUCUACGUCAAGAACUUCGAUGCGAAACAGCUCAACAUUGGAAUCUGGUCGGGCGAUGUCAAAUUGCGCAACCUCGAGCUGCGCCGGGAGGCACUCGAUCAGCUGCGCUUGCCCUUGAACGUGGUCGAGGGCCACCUGGGUGAACUCACAUUAUCGAUUCCAUGGUCCAAUUUGAGAGGCAAACCUGUCAAGGUCGAUAUUGAAGAUGUCUUUUUGCUUGCGGCGCCAAAGGAGGAUGCGGAUUACGACCCGGAGGAGGAAGACAAACGUGCGCAUGCGCUGAAGAUGGAUAAGAUCGAAAGCGCCGAGCUUCUUCGUGAGCGCAAUGCAGAAGGAAUGAGCCAGGAGGAGCAGCGCCGGAACCAGAGCUUCACGCAAAGCAUGAUAACAGCCGUGGUGGAUAACCUGCAGAUUUCGAUCAAAAAUGUUCAUUUCCGCUACGAGGACUCGAUUGCUUCGCCCGGUCACCCAUUCGCCGUGGGAUUGACAUUGAAAGAGCUCAGCGCGGUCAGCACAGACUCCGAAUGGAACCCGACGUUUAUCCAGUCUACCUCCGACACGACACACAAGCUAGCCGUUCUGGGGGCCCUCUCCGUAUAUUGGAACACUGAUGCGACGCUUCUCGGCACUGGGCGAGGUUCUGAUAUCGGUGCCGAAGCCCAAGGUAUCACUCACGAUGACCUGAUGGCCAAGCUACGGGAUGCCAUCGACAAUGGUGACGGCAACCAGUAUAUGCUUCGCCCCGUGAGUGGUCGUGCAGGAUUGGAAAUGGACAAGUCGGGCAAACAUGACCGCCCGGCUAUGAAAGCUCGAUUGUUGUUCGAUGAGCUCGGCUUUGUUUUGGACGACAAACAGUACCGCGACGCCCUGAUGCUGGUCGACUUGUUCCACUAUUUCAUUCGCCAUCAAGAAUACAAGCGUUUCCAACCUAAAUGCCCAGUGAAAGAGGACCCACGCGCAUGGAUGAAAUUCGCCGGAGAUGCCGUCCUUAGCAAGAUCCAUGACCGAAAUCGACGAUGGACUUGGGACUAUAUCAAAGAGCGCAGAGAUGAUCGAAUUGCGUACAUCAACUUGUUCAAGAAAAUGAAGAGAGAAGAAGUACUCACAUCGGAGGAAACGAAGGAGCUGAACAGGAUUGAGUAUAAACUCAGCUACGAGGAUAUCCGUUUCUGGCGAUCUCUCGCGCGCAACCAGUUACGUAAAGAAAAUGUCGGUGUCAAGAAACCCGCUCAGCAACAAUCAUGGUCAGAAUGGAUCUGGGGGAGCAAGCCAGCCGAGUCCGAGGAGACCGCCAUGACCGAAGAGCAGCGGCAGGAACUCUACAAUGCGAUUGACUGGGAUGAGAAGAAAGCUCUUACCGAGAGUGUCGACGUUCCUCGCGAAUGGGUCAAGCUUCAAGUCAACUGGAGUUUGCGGGCGGGUAGCUUUACGCUGAAGCAAGACCCCCAUGGCGCAGCAAACGAGGUCAUGAAAGUCGUGUUCGAUAACUUCCGAGCGAAGGCCCUGCAACGUUCGGAUUCAUAUCUAUUGGACCUCGAUCUCGGUGGAUUGAAGAUGUAUGACGGAACCACACCCGGGACUCUUUAUCCCAAGAUUGUGAAGGUCAAGGACUCCCUACCCGAGCUUCCCAAGGACCAAAAGCCUAGCUCGGACGAUGAUGAACUUGCCUCAGAAGCCAGUGCAGAUGGUCUGGUCGAUGAAGAUAGCCUGUUCCAUUUGCAGCUGGAGAAGAAUCCGCUGGACAGCGAUGCGGACACCGCUGUCAAGGUCAAGCUCAAGAGUAUCGAGGUCAUCUACAACCCCCGAUUCAUCGUGGGAAUUGCGAAAUUCUUCGAGCCCCCGGAACGGCACAUGGAGUCGAUUGGCGCACUGUUGGACACCGCAGGAGCCACCGUGGAAGGCCUGCGACAGCAAACCCGAGCAGGCUUGGAGUUUGCUCUGCAGGAGCACAAGAAGGUCGACGCGCAGUUCGACGUGCGUGCUCCUUUGAUUAUUGUUCCUGAAAGCAUCACUCAGGAGAGCUCUCUUUGUCUGAUUAUCGAUGCUGGUCAUGCUAGCGUCAACAGCGAGCUGGUCGACCGACAGGCUAUGAAGGAUCUACAAACCAAGCAAAAGCGACAGUACGAGGAAGAGGACUACAAGCAGCUUGAACAUUUAUUGUACGAUCGCUUCCUCAUCAAGCUGGACUCUACACAAGUUCUUAUUGGACCUGGUGUGGAUGCGACAAAGGCGCAACUCAUCUCCGGCGUUGAGUCGAAGAACUUCCAUAUAAUCGACCGGAUUAAUGUGGAUUUUGUGCUGGAAAUGUGCAUUGUUCCCAAGGUGACGCAGCUCACUCGGACGCGCAUUUCAGGAAACUUGCCAGAACUGCAUGCAUCCAUGUCAGACACGAAGUACAAGGGCCUCAUGAAGCUAAUAGAUAUUGCCAUCCCGCAUUUUGAUGAAGGGAAGGAGAUGCAUGAAGAUGUCGCAAAGGCCAAGGCUGCUACUGAGCAGGCUGCGAUUGUGACAAGAGCCAGAUCAGCGUCCUUCCAACCCCCUGCCCGACGGGACCUCCCUGUUGUCGACGACGACGAAGACGCAGAUGCAGGAUCUGAAGACGAACACUCCAAGAAAAAUGUGGAAUCAGCCAUCAAUAUCCAUCGUCGAGACUUUGAGUUCAAGUUUCAUGUUGGCCGCCUUCGUGGUUCGCUAUUCCGAGCUGACUCCCAAGAUCCGCAAAAGGACAAAUUGCUGGUGGAGCUGGUUGCCGAAGGCUUUGGACUGGAUUUCUACAUGCGCCCUUAUGACAUGGUGGCAGAGGUCAUCUUGAAGUCCCUGAGUGUGGAUGACUAUAUCGAAGAAAACCCUGUACCUGAGUUUAAGCGGAUCAUCUCGUCCAAAGGUUUCAAUGCGGACGAGAACAAUGAUCUUUUCCAUCUGAAAAUGGUUCGAGUUAAGCCCGAGUCUCCUGAACUCGACUCGACCUACGAGGGCAUUGCGAUGAAUCUCGACAUAUCUGUCUCAACCAUUAAUCUCGUCGUGACCAGAAAGACACUGCUCACUCUUCUUGAUUUCAUUCUCCUCACAUUCACCAACCCGCAGCAGCCGAACGAGGGGAACGAACAGCUAGAUAAGGCCUUGCCGGAGUCAGCCGAUGCAGAUCAGCAGCCUCAGCAAGUUGGCAAGCUUCGUAUCAAGUCCAACCUGAAGAGUAUCGCUUUAAUCCUUAACAAUGACGGCGUCAGGUUGGCAACUCUCAGUCUCAACACUGCCGACGUUGGUAUUUUCCUCGUGGGCAGCGCCAUGACCAUUCAAUCCCGAAUCGGCAGCUUGACCCUGGUCGACGAUGUUAACUUGGGUGCUUCGGAAGAAUCAGAUGUCCGGCGUCUCCUGACGAUUGAAGGUGACGAUUUCGCGGACUUCAAGUACGAGACUUUUGAUCCCGACAGUGACACACACCCUGGCUAUGACUCGGAGGUCUACCUACGAUCUGGUUCUAUCAAGAUCAAUUUCCUAGAGGAGCCUUACCGGAAAAUAAUUAACUUCCUGGUCAAGUUUGGCAAGAUGCAAGCGAUUUUCAAUGCAGCUCGCCAGGCAGCCGCCAACCAGGCCAACCAACUCCAGGAGAAUCAAUCUCGUAUGCGUUUCGAUAUUGUGGUUAAGACUCCUAUCGUGGUGUUCCCCCGAGUGAUGGCAGAGGAUCGAUCCAGGGACAACAUCACUGCUUAUCUUGGAGAGAUCUAUGUCAAGAAUGAGUUCGUUCUGUUGGAUGACUCUAAGGAUAGCCCGGCGGUUAAUGUGAUCUCCACUGGAGUACGCAAUAUCCGUCUCACAUCCAAAUUCAACUUCGAUGAUGGUGUGGCCGAGGAGCUUGAAAUGAUCCAGAAGGUCAAUCUCGACUUUAGCAUCUGCCAUCUGGAGCACCAGGCCAAUAAUCCACGCCCUGAUAUGGAGAUCGAGGGUUCCUUGUCUCCCAUUAACCUUCGCAUCUCGCAGAGCCAGCUGAAGUUCUUGUUGGCUCUGUCCAAGUCUAUCCCUGGGGCAUUUGCCACUGAUGCCGACCAGCAAGAGCUCGAAGCCAUGGAGUCCUUGCCAUCCUCUGUGACUGAACCUACAAGAGAAGCAACUUCGAAAGCUACUCAAUCGCAGACGGAUCAAGACAAAUCAGAUGCCGAUGACAAUACGGGAAAAGAAACUUGGGUGCGUCUUGACAUGAUUUUCAAGGUGGACAGUGUUGGCUUGGAGCUCAUUCUAGCCAACGAUGACCAACCCGUUGGCAGCUUGGAGGAUUCCAGCCUUUCGAAGUUCUCGCUCAACGACACCAGAGUCAAACUCCGCAUGCUGACUGACGGUUCACUCGAGUCAGAGCUUCUGAUCCACUCGUUCUCGAUCCGUGAUAGCCGUCAGCAAGACAAGAACAAGUUCCGUAACAUCAUGUCCUUGAUCAACAACGAUGUCCAACAGCAAUUCAUGGCUAGUCUGUCCAUGUCCCCUGGACCGGACAAGCAUCUCAUUGCGAACUUGUCGAUUGAUAGCCCGCGGAUAAUGUUCGCUCUCGACUAUUUGUCUGCUCUGCAAUCGUUUAGUAAUUCUGCAUUCGCCUCGGAAGCACCCGCCGAAAUUGUGGCAGAGGAAACCGAAUCUCCCGAAGGAUCGGACUUGGACUCGGAUGCCGCUACUUCUACGGAUAAAGCAAUCACCGAAGCCUCCACCGGAGAUGCACAAGCUGGAACAACCACUGUUUCAUUCCGGGUUAAUUUGGUGGAUGCCCAGGUUAUCAUGGUUGCGAACCCUGCUAUUACUCACUCUGAGGCUAUUGUGCUUGGUACCAAGGAGAUUCUCAUUUCUCACCAGAAUGUCUCCACUUUGCAGAUCCAGAAAGUAGGCAUGUUCUUGUGCCGCAUGGACAAGUUCGAGACGAGUCGUCUCCGCAUUCUGGAUGACUUCACAGUUGAAAUGUGGGUUGACAGCCGACCUCAAGACAAGGGUUCUGCCUUGACCUCGAUCGAGGUUCAUGUUGAGCCUUUGGUUCUUCGCUUGUCUCUGCGUGAUAUCCUCAUGGCUAUCCAGAUUGUCAACAAGGCCUCUGAAAUGAGAGCACAGAAUUCCCAGCAGCUUGAAGGUGGAGAGGCAAAGAAGAUCACGGAUGGAAAAACAAGGGCUCGGUCCGCCAGCAAGACAUCAUCAAUUGCCAACAGAACGCGCCGCCGCAUGAGUCAGACUAUAAAUACGCUCGAUAAAAGUGAUGCCCCUCAGAGCUCGGCCGUCCUUAAACGUGAGGAGUUGUCCGCGAAGAUUGAUGGCGUUAGAGUCAUUCUCAUUGGUGACCUGCACGACCUGCCAUUACUCGACUGGAGCGUGAAGAAGUUCAACGUUGAUGUGCGCGAUUGGUCAUCCACACUGAAUGUCGAUACCAGCUUCGAUACCUUCCUCAACGUCUACAACUUCUCCAAGUCAGCAUGGGAGCCCUUGAUCGAGCCUUGGCAGCUGGGCUUCCAUAUGGCCAAGGAAACGAACCCUGAUGUCUUCUCAAUUGAUGCCUAUUCCCACAAGACGAUGGAGCUCACGCUGACGUCGGCUACGAUUGCGCUUGCGUCUAAGUCGUUCCAGUUCCUCAAUACGGACGAAGACGUCCUCUCCAAACCGAGAGGGGCCGACGCUCCAUAUAGAAUUCGUAACCACACUGGAUUCGACUUAAGAGUGUGGGCUGAUGUCAGCGCGGGGGAGGAAGGCCCUGCGGCUAAGCUCAGCGAUGGAGAGGAGUAUCCAUGGCGAUUCGAGGAUUCUACUGCAGUUCGUGAGACCCUCACUCCUGAGGGCCAUGGCGGUAUCGUCGGUGUCAAACUGGAGGGAAGCGGGUUUGAUAGUAUCAACCGUAUCCCUGUCGUGCGAGAAGGCGAGGUCAUAUACAGUCUCAAGCCGAAGCGCGACAAUGUGCUUCAUCGACUCCUUGUGGAGGUCAAGCUUGGUGAUGACAAUGUCAAGUAUAUCACUUUCCGCUCACCUAUGCUCAUCGAGAAUAACACCCAGAUUCCAGUAGAACUGGGUGUGUUCAGCCCGGACGACGGUCACCUUUUGAAGAUCGAGAAGAUCCUGCCUGGUGAUGCUCGGCCUGCGCCGGUUGGAUCGGCGUAUGUGCACUCGGUCGUCAUCAGACCCGAUCAAGGAUUUGGCUACGACUGGUCGAACGAGCAGCUCUUCUGGAAAGAUCUCAUGAAAAGACCCACGCGAACGAUCAAGUGUGUCAGCGAAAGUGGCCAACAAUCUCCUCCGUUCUAUUUCCAGGUGAAUUCCACCUUCGACAGUAAGGACUCGUUGACCAGCUUAUACCCGUACAUGCGGGUCCGAAUCUUUGCUCCAGUGGAGAUCCAAAAUCUCCUGCCUUUCGACUUCAAGUACCGCAUCUAUGACAAGAACACCAAGAAGGACUGGACAAACUUCCUCAGAAAGGGAGGUGUGAGUCCCGUCCACGUUGUGGAGCUGUCUCACCUACUCUUGCUUAGCAUCGAUCUGGAAGAUACCGUUUUCCGGCAGAGCGAAUUUGCAAUCAUUAAUGGCAAUGCCCAAGAUUACCGGAGAGAGCACACUCUGUCCCUCAAGGACGAUCGAGGCCUUCAGUUGAAAUUGAAGCUCCAUUACUUCAACAUUCCCGACAGCGGUGGGGCUUUCAAGGUCUCCGUGUAUAGCCCAUACCUCAUUCUGAACAAGACUGGACUUCCUAUGGAUAUCCAGAGCAAGGCCUUCCUCCAGUCUGCUCGCACUGCCGCUGGCCAAGGCCUCAGAGUUGAUCCGAGAGACGGUGGUCGCGCUCUGCCUUACAUGUACUCCUACAACAACGAUGACCAGAAGAAUCGGUCUAUUUUGAAGGUUGGAGAUUCCGCCUGGAGCAAGCCGGAGAGUUUCGAGGCCAUCGGUAGCACCUUUGAGGUCGUUUUCCCUGACCGGCAGGGCCGAUCUGAGUUCCACUCUGGUGUUUCCGUCGCCGAGGGUGAGGGUAAAUACAAAAUGACCAAGGUGGUAACGAUUACCCCUAGAUUCAUCUUGAAAAGCAAGCUCAAUGAGGAUUUGUUGGUUCGCGAACCAGGCUCAUCCAAUGUGCUUCAGAUCGGCAGUGGAGAGCUAGUGCCGCUACAAUUCCUUCGACAAGUUGCGGAGAAGCAGUUGUGUCUCUGCUUCCCUGGUGUGAACAAUCAAUGGUCUUCUCCUUUUAACAUUGCAGAUGUCGGCACUGUCCACGUCAAAUUGGCGAAAGCGAAUCAGCGCCAGAAACUGAUCAAAAUUGACAUUAUUCUCGAGAAUGCUACCAUCUUCCUGCAUUUCAGCUUCGAAAGUCGCAACUGGCCAUAUUCGAUGCGCAACGAGAGUGAUAUGGAAUUCAUUUUUUACCAAGCCAACCCUAAUGUGGAAGAUGACGAAGAUGAUCGUUCGAGUGGCUGGCGCCCCAUUCGCUAUCGUCUGCCAGCGCGGAGUAUCAUGCCUUAUGCAUGGGAUCAUCCAGCAACCAGAAACAAGUCUCUUGUUCUGACCUGCAAUGGCAAAACCCGGCAUAUUAGGAUCGCCGAGAUCGGCAACUUGAUUCCCAUGCGGAUCCCCCCUACAAGACCCGGCGAAUACCAGAAAAUCAUCGAUAUCAACAUUGUUGCCGAUGGCCCUACCCAGACACUUGUGUUGUCCAACUUCAAGCCCUCCAAGAGUAUCUAUAAACAGCAGAAGGGUCAAUCCUCCCAGAACAGCGUGACUGCUGGCUUUGAAGUCAAAGAAAUGAACUCCGACGUGAACUUCAAGGCCCAGCUUCGUCUUGGUGGUAUUGGUAUCUCUCUCAUCAACCAGAAUUUGAAGGAGCUUCUCUACAUGACCUUCCGUGAGAUCGAGAUCAAGUACCGGGAAUCGAGGAUCUACCAGACCCUCAAUACUUCCAUCAAGUGGAUCCAGAUCGACAAUCAGUUGUACGGCGGUAUUUUCCCCAUGCUGCUGUAUCCUAGUGUGGUUCCCAAAACUGGAAAGGAGAUGGAGGCGCAUCCGAUUUUCCAUGCAAUGGUCACCCGUGUCAAGGAUGACUCUUACGGUGUCCUCUACAUCAAGUAUGCAACCAUUCUCUUGCAACAAAUGACGCUUGAACUGGAUGAGGACUUUAUCUUUGCUUUGUUGGAAUUUGCUAAGGUGCCUGGUGCGUUAUGGUCUGAACCUCAAGAGGGCCAGUUGUGCGAUGAAGAUUUCAAUAUUCCGGAGCCGCAACAGGGCGAGGCCGGCCAGGAUGUCUACUUUGAACUUCUUCAUUUGCAGCCCAUGCAGCUGGACAUUUCCUUCAUGCGAACUGAGCGAAUCAACGUGGAAGACACUAUGCAAUCGUCAAAUCCUCUGAUGUUUGUUGUCAACGUCAUGACCAUGUCAAUGGGCAAUGUCAAUGAUGCACCUAUCCGGUUGAACGCUUUGAUGCUGGAGAAUGCUCGUGUCUCCAUGGGAAGACUCGUCAGCAAUAUUCGAGCACACUACACCCAGGAGUUCCUACGACAAGUUCAUAUCAUUCUUGGAUCCGCCGACAUCAUUGGUAACCCUGUUGGUCUAUUCAACAACAUCAGCUCUGGUUUCGCAGAUAUCUUCUACGAGCCGUAUCAGGGUAUGGUCUUGACCGACCGGCCUCAAGAACUAGGCUACGGUAUUGCGAAGGGAGCCACGAGCUUCGUCAAGAAAUCUGUUUUCGGAUUUUCGGACAGCAUGGCGAAGUUUACUGGUAGUAUGUCCAAGGGUCUUGCUGCCGCCACUCUGGACAAAGAAUUCCAGGACCAGCGACGGAUGUCCAAGUCACGCAACCGCCCAAAGCACGCCCUGUAUGGCAUCACAGCGGGUGGUAAUGCGUUUGCGACCAGCUUGGCCAGCGGAAUCGGCGGCUUGGCUCGCCACCCCCUGCAAGGCGCGGAGAAGGAAGGCGUGGCAGGAUUCUUCAAGGGCGUUGGAAAGGGUGUUUUAGGAUUGGCAACCAAGCCCGCACUCGGCGCCUUUGAUCUUGCCGCCAACCUUGCGGAGGGUGUCCGGAAUACAACCACAGUCUUCGAUGCCGAGGGCUUGGACCGCGUCCGAUUGACCCGUUUCAUCGGGACUGAUGGUAUUGUCCGGCCAUACUCACAGCGGGAAGCCCUCGGUCAGUUCUGGCUCAAGACUACCGACGAUGGCAAGUACUUCAACGAAGACUACAUUGCGCAUUUGGAGCUACCUGGAAGAGACAUGCUAGUCUUGUUGACAUAUGCACGUAUCAUGCUUGUGCGCAUCAAGAAGCUCUACACAGAGUGGGAUAUCCGUCUCACGGAAAUCCAAACCAUUUCCAAAGAACGCACUGGUAUGAGUAUCACACUCAAGGGUGGUGCGAAUGGACCUUUCAUCCCUGUUCAGGACGAGAGCUCCCGGAACUGGCUGUAUAGACAGAUCGCUAUUGCGGUCAAUUCCUUCAACGAGAAGUACAAUCGAGGGUAG